AUGGAUUAUAUUUGGGAUCAUUAUCGAUAUCAAAUUGAAGAAUACAAUCGAGAGACUUUAUCUCAAAAGAUGAAUGUUGGAUCCGAAUUGUACAACACCACCACCACCACCACCACUACGAGUGCUAAUACUACUACGAGUGCAUCGGUUCAGAGUUCCUCAUCUUCGGAUCCAUACUCGACUUGUUAUUUACAGGAACAACAACAACUCUCUCUCAGUGCAAUCACUAAAAGUAGAAUUGCAGAACAAUCUGAAUUGGAUUUUAAGGAAAUAUUUAUAUCGAUUUUACCUUUAUUGAGUGAACAUACCGAUGCCAAUCGAUGUUGUUUACUCUUGAAGAGAGAUUCCAAGAUUUAUUUAGAUGCAGAAUAUCAUGCUGAUCUUUAUGAUCAUUUUGAUUCAAAUGAAAUGAAUAUCAUCACUAGUAGUAGUAGUAGUAGUCUAAAUCUACAUACUCCUUCUCCAUCAACGAAUACUAUUAUUAGUACAACUAAUAAUAGUAAUACUACAACACCUAAUAGUACUAUUACUACAACUAAUAAUAAUACUAAUAAUACCACUGCAACUCCUUCACCAACGACUAAUAUCUCUCCUCCCACUCCUCCUCAAAAUUCACAAAAAACACUCUCGACAUUCAUGAAUCAUGAAUUAUUGAUUGACAAAUUGUCAGAUCGUCUUCCAUUGAAACUCAUUUAUCGAACACUUCGAACUCGAAUGGAACAAAAGAAUUCUUUACAAGAAGGAUCUGAUGAAUCUUAUUUCACAAAGAAUCAUCGAGUAGCCUCUGCAUUGUGUAUUCCAAUUAUUAGAGAUAAGAGUGUAUUGGGUUGUGUUUAUUUGGAAAAUAGAGAAACAGAAGGUGUAUUUACAGUAGAUAAGAUUUCUAUUGCCAAAUUAAUCAUUUCUAUUAGUAUUGAUAAUGCAACUAUAUUUAAUGCAAUUAACAAAUCCUAUGCUAGAUUUCUUCCAUCUGAAUUUCUCAAAUUAUUAGGAAAGAGUCAUGUCACAAAGAUUCGACUCGGAGAUGCCAUUUCAAGAGAAAUGACUGUUCUCUUUUCAGAUAUUUAUGGUUUUACAGAUUUGAUGGAAAAAUUUUCAGCAAAAGAAGGAUUUCGUUUUAUUAACAAAUUACUCUUGAAGAUUGCUCCUCCCAUUAGUAAAAAUGGUGGAUUCAUUGACAAGAUCUUGGGUGAUGGUAUUAUGGCUCUCUUUACAGAUCCUCAAUCUGCUGUCAAGGCAGCACUUGAAAUGAUUUCUCAACUUGAAGUUUUCAAUAAGGAAAAUAUUAUUAAUAUCAAAUUAGGAAUUGGAGUAUCAAAUGGUAUGGUGAGUUUGGGUACAAUAGGAUAUGAAGAACGAUUGGAUGCCACUGUCAUUUCAGAUACAACCAAUGUUGCCUCUCGUUGUGAAAGUCUUUCUCGUAAUUUCAAAUCUAGAAUUAUUGUCACUGAAGGGAUUGUUCAUUCCAUUGGUCAAAAUGAUCCAUCCAGUACUUGUAUUAUUUAUCUUGGAAGAUUUAUUUUGAAAGGAAAACAGGUCUAUAAAGAUCUCUAUGAUGUUCGAGGAAAGUAUUGGCAGAAUGUCAUUUCCGAUUAUGAACAAUCCAUCCUCUCAGAAAUUGUCAAUUUGUUUCAACAUGGAAAAUUUGACAAGUGUUUGCAUUUAGCAAAAGAAACAAUUCAACACACAGAUCAUCCAUUUGUAUCAGCCAUGUGUGGAUUGUAUGCACAAUCAUGUGAUAUUUAUCAACAUUGUCGAUUACCAGAACAUUGGACAGGAGAAAUACGUCUAAGUAAGGAUGGAGAACCAAAACCUUACUAUUUGGAUGAUCAAUAA